AUGGUUUCAAUAAUCAGAAACUUGCUGGAAGCAAACGCAAAAACCGACAUCACAGAUGAGUCUGGCAGGCGGCCACUGCUUCGGGCAGCGGAGUUAGGUCAUAGCGAUAUUGUACAGAUACUCCUCGAGAACAACGCAGACGUCAACGCACAAGGCGGUCAUUUCGGCAACGCUCUCCAAGCUGCAUCCUCAGCCGGCCAUCUGGUCGUUGUGCAGAAACUCCUCGACAACGGUGCAGAUGUGAACGCACGAGGCGGUUAUUUUGGCAACGCUCUCCAGGCUGCAUCCUCAGCCGGCCAUCUGGUCGUUGUGCAGAAACUCCUCGACAACGGUGCAGAUGUGAACGCACGAGGCGGUUAUUUUGGCAACGCUCUCCAGGCUGCAUCCUCAGCCGGCCAUCUGGCCAUUGUGCAGAAACUUCUCUAUAACGGUGCAAAUGUCAACGCACAAGGCGGUCGUUACGGAAAUGCCCUCCAAGGUGCAAUAGUAGAAGGUCACGACGAGAUUAUAGAGCAACUACUCAGUGCCAAGCCACAGAGUAAAGAUCAUGAACUCCGGGUUGCAUCCUUUAUGGGCUACGAUAAGGCCGUAUGCAUGCUUAUCAGUAAAGGUGCAGACGUAAACGCUCACGGCCUGUUUGUAAACGCUCUCUACGCUGCUGCUUCAAAAGGUCACGAUCAUAUAGUUAAGAUUCUUCUCGACAACGACGCAGAUGUUAAUGCGCAAGGUAGUCACAAUGAGAACGCACUCUACGCUGCAGCAUCAGAAGGACACGAGGAGGUUAUCCGCAUGCUCCUCGAAAAGGGUGUGGAUGUUAACAUGCGAGGUGGUUGUCAUGGGAACGCUGUUCGGGCUGCGUUUAAGAAGGGUCACAGCAAUAUCGUGAAGCUUCUACUUGAUCAUGGUGCGGAUAUCAAAGCACACAUUGGCCGGAACGGCAUCUUCGAGGGCCGAGGGUAUGAGUAG